UCUCUCUAGAUGUCCAAUUGGAAGUUAGGAGGAAUCCGAAUUGCAUUCCCUCUCUCUCUCUCAUGCUUUCUCUCUCUAGUCUCUUCCCCAUGCCUAUUUUCGCAUGUCACGUUCACCUUGACAUAAGACAAAUUUUAAUGGCCAAUGUCAGUCCACAUUUUAUGAUAGGAAAGUUGAAACCUUUGACAUGUUUGUUUAUACCAACUACCUGUUCAUCUCUUCUCCGAGUAAUAUGAAAGAGACAAACAAAUCUUCCUCUGAAUCACAACUCAUACACAAAAUCAAAAGAUGGAAGAUGAAGAAGAAGAGGUUAUAGAAUAAUCAAAGAUCUUGAGCAAUAAAAAUGAAAGAGAAAAGCGACAUAAAGCCAAUUAUACUGAAAUUUGGGGUGGCUUUAGCUUUGUCUUUCGCUAGUUUUCUGUAUUCUCGCCUCAGAACCAGAAGACUCAAGCCUUCUCUUCCUCCUCCUAAAUCGCCACGCUCCUCAGAUCAUGGAAGUGAAGUUGAUUCAAGAGGGAAAGCUAGACGGAGAGAUGAGAUUCAUGCGAGGAAGACAAGAGCCAGUUCUUACGGUGUUGCCUCGGUUUCAUCGGAAAAAUAUGAAGAGCCAUACAUGCAGAAACUCACUGGAGAGAAUUCCAUCGCUGGCCUCUCUCCGUGUAGUCGGCUCAGCGAAGACAGAGAGGGUUUCCUCUUACCGGAGUUCAAUGAUCUCAUGAAGGAAUUUGAUUUGGCUGGAGCCACUGCUGGGGUUUCUCCAGAGGAUGUGGAUACUACUAGUUCAGAUGUAAAGACUCCGAAAGUGUUUAUUAGUGCACAAAAGGAUGAAUACGAACAAGAGAUCAACCGCCUUCAGAACAUGGUUAGGCUACUUUGCGAGAGGGAGAGGAAUCUUGAGGUCCAGUUACUCGAGUAUUAUGGCGUUAAAGAGCAGGAGACCACUGUCAUGGAGCUCCAAAAUCGUUUAAAAUUAAACAACAUGGAGGCUAAGCUUUUUAGUCUCAAGAUUGAGUCUUUGCACGCGGAAAACCAAAGACUGGAGGCACAAGUUGCUGGCCACGCUAACGCUGUGACUGAACUCGAGGCUGCAAGAGCAAAAAUCAAGCUGCUUAAGAAGAAACUGAGAUUUGAAGCUGAACAGAACAAGGAACAGAUCUUAAAUCUUCAGCAAAGAGUUGCGAAGAUGCAAGACGAGGAAUACAAGUCUCUUGCAAGUAACUCUGAUGUUCAGUUGAAGCUGAAAAGGAUAAAAGACUUGGAGGGUGAGAUUGAAGAGCUGAGGAAGUCUAAUUUGAUGUUGCAGCUCGAAAAUUCUGAAUUGGCUCAGAGGUUGGAGUCCACAAAGAUACUCGCAAAUUAUGUUCUUGAAGAUCCUGAGACAGAUGCAUUGAAAGAGGAAAGCGUGCGUUUGAGACAAGCAAACGAGGAUUUGAGGCAGGAAAUCGAGCAGCUUAAAGCGGACAGAUGUGCAGAUAUUGAAGAAUUAGUUUAUCUCCGGUGGAUAAACGCUUGUUUAAGAUACGAGCUGCGGGAUUAUCAGCCUGCAACUGGCAAAAUGGUUGCAAGGGACCUAAGCAAAACAUUAAGCCCGAAAUCUGAGGAGAAGGCAAAGCAGUUGAUACUGGAAUAUGCCAAUACAGAAGGGAUAGGGGAAAAGGGGAUCAGCAUUAUGGAUUUCGAUUCUGACCGAUGGUCAUCAUCCCAAGCUUCGUUCACAGAUUCCGUGGACUUAGAUGAAUCGUCUUUGGAUAAUUCAUCUGCCGCCAAAACCAACACUUCAAGCAAGAAGAAGUUCUUCAACAAGCUCAGGAAACUUGUCCGGGGGAGAGACGGUCAUCAUAGUAGCCAGGUUUUGUCAGGAGAUCAUAAACCUGAAUCCGUUGAACAAGAUGGAGAUUCACCACGGUACAUCCCAAGUACACUAACAGGAGACUACGCUGUGGCAGAGGAUAAUAGAUUUCGAACUUCAUCUCAGAAUUUGUCUAGGCCUUCUUUGGACCUAUCCAGAUUAAGGAGCUUGAAGGAAAGAGAAGUUGUGGAUGUACAAAGUGUGCAGAGAAAUAGUGAUGUGGGGUCCUCUUAUGUGUACAAGAGUUUUGCUUUGGGCGGAGAAAUUGCCAAUGACCCAACUAAUGAUUCAACUGCAAAAGAUGAAAUUGAAAAGCAUUCAGAUUCUACUGAUAAGUCUGAGCUUUUGAAAUAUGCAGAAGCUCUAAGGAGGUCUCGUCGUGGGUCUCUCAAGUUGCACAGAAAAUCAGCUUCUUAUAGUUCUUUUUGACAAGAAGUUCUGUUUAACGAUAUUUACACUUUGCCUGUUUGUAUAUGACUGUUUUAGCAUAUAUACACAUAGAAAUGUAUUGGAGAGUCACUUUUACAGAAGAAGAAAGCUUCUUGAUCAGUGAGUGAUGAUUGUUUUUAGUUGUUGGUCCCACUCUAUAGUAUAUUUGAAGAUAAGGUUCUUUACAUGUAAGUUCAAUAAUCAGUAUUUAGGAUUUUUUUUUUCUUCCA